AUGACGUACCAGUUGAAUACCGUGACAUAUGGUACUCGAGCUGCUCCCUUUCUAGCUGUUCGUACGCUACAUCAGCUAGCAACGGAUGAACAAAACACUCAUCCUGAUGCCUGUCGUACGAUUUGCAAAAGGUUCUAUGUAGAUGAUUUGCUAGAUGGAUCCAACAACAAACAGAAUUUGUUGAAAAGGAGAGACGAGUUGAUCGGAGUGCUUCAAAAAGGCGGAUUUGAACUACGGAAGUGGAAUAGCAAUGAUCCAGAACUUCUGAAAGAUUUGCCGGACAGCCUGGUGGACGAUGGUGAAAUCAUCAAGUCAUUGGGACUGAGCUGGAACACUCGGACGGAUCAACUGACAUACCGUAUACAGUUGAAGCAGUUCCAGGUUUAUUCUCGAAGAACAAUUCUUUCCGCUAUUGCAUCAUUGUAUGACCCUGUGGGAUUGAUAGCACCGAUCAUCGUGGCAGCCAAAAUCUUGAUGCAGCAGCUCUGGCUUUUGAACGUUGCUUGGGAUGAUGCACUUCCCGAACAUAUUGUGAAGAAAUGGCAUCUGCUUUAUGAUAGCCUGAAACAUCUUCAUGAACUGCGGAUCAACCGUUGGACCUUUGGACAUCAGCAGCCUGUUGCCGUGGAAAUACAUGGAUUUUCAGACGCAUCAAUGCUCGCAUACGGUGCUUGCAUUUACGUAAAGACUGUCGACAUUUCAGGAAAUGCAUGCACUCGUCUGCUGUGUGCCAAAUCACGGGUGGCACCGCUAAAGAAAAUGACACUUCCUCGAUUGGAAUUAUGCGCUGCAGUUCUACUAUCUGAACUGUUAACAAAGGUUCUAGUUUCUGUGGCCAUGAAUGCUGACAACUGCUACUUGUGGACGGAUUCGUUGAUAACGCUUCAGUGGUGUAGAGAAUAA